GAGCUGCUCAGAGACAAUAACACACCUGAGCCUGUGACAGGAAACGGUUAAUGAAUCACGUCACAGAGGCUCAUUGUGUAUUCAUGUCAUGGCCUCUGUAUCUGUGUCUGUCUGUAACAUGUAGUGACGUCGCUCUGCAUCACACCGUGAGAGGAGCUGAUGCUGAGGAGGAAAUAUAGGACAACAGGAGGAGGAGGAGGAGGAGGAGGAAGAGGAGGGUCUGCAGAUAACAAAUCAUAAAGAGACCCAACAGAGAGCUGCAGCAGCCUGAGCUGCACCAUUUGCAUCCAGCACCAGUCGUGUCUCAGCUCCAGCAGGAUGAAGGGGCUGCAGCGGCUCAGCCUGCCCGGAGCGUGAGGAGCCUUCCUGGGCUCCAUCUGCCUCGUCCUCCCCCCUCCUCACCGCUCUGUGUGGAGCUCUGAUCCUUCAUCUGUCCGUCCGUCUGUCUGCAGCAUCUCUCCAUCAUCAGCUGUAAUCAUGGAUGGACUCCGCCUGCCGCCCGUCAUCGAGGAGGUCCUUGAUCCAUCCGACGAGCUGUGCGAGCUGAAGGUGGAGAAGCCGAUCAUGUUGGCAGAAACUCUGACGGCCAAAGAGAGGGAGUCCAUGGAGGAGAAGGAGGAGACGGUGGGAGACGGAGAGAAAGGCCAGCAGGAGGAAGAGAAGGAGGUGACGGAGGAGAAGGAGGAAGAAGAGCCAGGAGGAGGAGGAGGAGGAGGAGGAGAAGGGAAGGAUGAAGAGGAGGAGCUGGAGGAGCUGAGAGCUCAGGUGUUUCAGCUGCUGCUGGAGGUGGAGGAGGCCAGAGAGGUUUCACAAAGACAUGAGGAGAGUUUCCUGGAGCUGCAGGGUCUAUUAGAGGACGAGCGACUGGCGAGCGCUCAUCAGGCGGAGAGUUUCACCAGACAGAUCCAGAGACUGCAAGCUCAGCUCCGGUCGGUGCAGGAGGAGAUGGACAGUCUGGAGGAGGAGAAGGAGAGCGAACUAGAGGAGGUGCAGGAGGAGCUCCGAUCUGCUCAGGAGGAGGUGCUGAUGCUGCAGCAGGCGGCUGAGGAGGCGGCAGCAGAGAGGGAGAACGAUAUUGCCUCCCUGCAGGAGGAGCUGUGUCGGCUGCGGGCCGAGCUGCAGCACCUCCAUGCCACGGCGCAGGAGUACGAGCUGGAGAUCACCACGCUGAGGGCGGAGAUCAGCAUGAAGAGCAACAACACAGGUGAUGUGAGUCACUUGAAGGACGAGUUCAUCUCUCUGACCGAUGAACGUCAGUUUCUGGACGACGACAACAAAGACCUGAGCAGCAAAGUGGAGCAGCUACAGAAGAAACAAGACACGUGUGAUGACGUCUACCUGGCCGUCACUGACACUGAGCGUGAGCAGGUGAAGGCCGACUCUUACAUCACUCUGUCUCAGUCCAGUCCUGAACAACAGGACAGACCCCCGGAGGAUGAGGAGAAGGUCUGCAGCUCAGAGCUCAACAUCCUGAAGGUCCAGCUGAGACGAGCGGAGGACACGGCUCACAGAGUCCAGACCGAGUGUGACAGUCUGAAGGUGGAGCUGGUGGACCUGCAGCAGCUGUGCGACAGCAGCCAGCGGGAGCGAGCGGCGCUGGAACAGGAGCUGCAGCGCUGCAAGGCCGAGCUACAGAAACUGGUGGGCAGGAAGUCACAGCAGAGAGACACUGAAGGCUGGAACCUGGCGGUGGCAGCGGUUGCCGUGGCAGCCAUUGUAGUUCUGGUUGUGCCCAGCUUCACCAGGGCCUGAGGACUACACAGGAAGUGACCUCACCAGGAACUCUGGGAUUGUGGGAUUGCCGUCACCCAUCCAGCGCCGCCCUCAUACAUGUUGCUGUCCUGCUUGUCGCAUCGCUGAGGCAUUUUCACCAGAAGGCCUCCGACGCCAGUGAGUUCUGGAAGGAAAAGCAAUAAGAUUGUUGAAUUUACUUAAAGACUCUGAACUCUUCCUGCAGGUCGUCGAUCAAACAUCCACCAUCAUGAUCCAAGAGUCCAACUGGGAGCUCUGGUUUUGAAUUAGUUUAUUAGUUUUCCAUUGAUUUAAAAAAAUGACCCGGGAUGGAUCAUUAUAAACUGUUUGUCUCCGUCCGUGGUGGAAGAAGUACUCUGAUCUUUACCGAAAUAAAAGUACUCAUACCACAGUGUAAAAAUACUUAGUUACAAAUCCUGCAUUCAAAAAUGGUACGCAAAGUUUAGCAACAAAAUGUACUUAAAGUUCUCAAAAUGCAAAACAGCCCGUUUCAGAGUGUCAUGUUAUAAUUAUAUAUUUCAUAUUUUUCCAGUAAUGCAGUAUUUUACUGUCGCAGGUUGAGAAAGGGCCGAUUCUGACGACUUCAAAGUACUAUAAUAUAUAUUUAAAAACAGUCAUAUUUUAUUUAUUAAUACGUGUUUUGUAUGUAAAAUUUGAACUUACAAAGUAACCUAAGUUAUCAGCUAAAUGUAGUGGAGUAAAUAGAAUAAUAUUUCCCUCGGAAAUGUGUUGCAGUAGAAAUAUAAAGUAGCAUAAAAAGUACCUCCAGAUUGUGUUUGCGUACUUGAGUAAAUGUACUUAUUUAUUUUCUUACACUGUUUACAGUACAUGUGGUCCUGUGGUGUCGAAUUAGAAACUGAAGAUAUGAAACACACAAAGCUGCUGAUUUAAUAUUCAACAUAAAAACUGUUCUCUCUCUAAAUUCUUUAGAGCUGCAACUUCCGAUCACUUUUAUUUAAACUAUUUACCAGUUAACUGAUUAAUCAUUUGGUUUGUAAAAUCAAAACUAAAACCAUCUCUAAAGAUCACUUCCAGAGAAAAGUAGCAAAUGUUUCGUAUGUUAAUGAUCUAAUCUAAUAUUAUUUUUGUCGAUUGGCAAAUUGUUUCAGCACUAAAUUGUUUGCCUUAUUUUUCCGCACUGAAUUUAAACAAUAUUUUGCACUCGCUGAGUUGAUGACGGAGAUAACGGUAGCAGAUUAAUUUAGAUUGUUUAGUGUUUUUAAUUCAUUAAUUCUGCUUUAGUGGUUUAAUGCUGAAUAUUAUCUUAUCACGUGUUUAUCAUUAUUGUGGAUUAUUUAACAGAUUUGUUUUGUAGCAUGAGAAAAACAGCAAAUUUAAGGAAAUAAUUAUUAUUUUGCCUUCCUAUCCCUUUACAGAUCAAUGUAAAAUGUCUGUAUUUGUAUGUUUAUAGUACCAAACCAGUAGUGUGAACAUCUACAGCAGUAAAAUAGCACUUUUAUAAACUUUAGAAAGGUAUUUGCUGGAGCUGAAUCAUUCCGAUGAGAGAUUAUUUGCGUCGACUGAUUUCACUGUGCCAGUUUUAAGAUCAGAUUGUGCCUGAGUAGCUUUAUUUUUGCACAGCAGGUGCAACUGUUGGUGAAUGAUUCUGGGGACAGAUGCUCAACCAGUAGUUUAUGUUUCAGAAAAUGUAUUCAGAUUGCUUCUGUCACUGUAAAUGUAAAAUCUGUUUCUUAAUUCUACAGAUGAUACUUUAUUUGAGAUCUGAAAAGAUCAGCAAAAGUAACGCUUUUGAUGACAUUUUUAGAUUGAAAAAGGAUAAUAGUUUCUCGUAUUCAGCCCCAUCCCAACAGGAUUAAUAUCAUAUUUGAAUAUAAUUACGUUGAUUGUUCCUGAUGCCCAUUUAGCCACUGGAGAAAUACAGGAGGUGGCUCUGGUGUGGCAGAGAUGAUUAUAUAUAGUGAAUGUCAGAGGACCAUGGAUAGAGCCUUGGAGAACACCAACCAAGACUGACUGAACUAAAAUAUUGUGAUGUAGCACAAGUAGAGAACUGAAAUUCUGUAAAAUAUGAGUGUCAGCACUGAACAUGAGAAAUGAGUUUAGGUAGCAAAUCUGGAUGUUGACAUGUGGAGUGGUACAUUGUAUAUUUAUGUAUUACAUCGUGUAUUAUUUAUGCUAAUAGUAAAUACCAGAGGACCAAAAAUAGAGCCCUGUGGGACACCUUUACCAGUGGUUUUUUGAUUUGGAACCACAAAACAAUUCCUGCUCGGGCUCAAACCUAAAGAUAGUCAUAAAACCAAUCAAUAGACCAUAAAUAGUCCUAAAAUGGAUCGUUUUUUGUCUGUAGUGAUGAGAAAUAGAGAAAUAUAUUCUGUCUGAACAGGGCUGUAGAGGGCGCUGCAGAUCAGAUCUGUAUUCCUGCCUAGGUUUUAGUUGUUAUUGUGCCGGGUCAGAAUGAACACACUUCCAUUUGUUCAGAUUUUAUGUUUUAAUCUUUUUAUUGGGGCCGAUUAAUUUCCCCCACCAUCUUCUUUUGCAAAGUUUCAGUUUUUGAAGGGAUCCUGAUAGACGCCUGAUUUAUGUUUACAUUUAAGUGGUGACCAAAAUAAUCAUAGAAAAUACAAUCAGAUGUUCAAAUGACUGUGAUCCUGUUUAGGUUGGAAUUAUGUGACCAAUUACAACAACUUCAGAAUAAAAGACAUUCCAGUUUAAAUACAAGCGCUAGCGAUGAGACACUUUUGUGAAUUUAACGAAACCUUCCCUGCUUGCUCUGCUCAGUGCGGACAAAUAACUGAACCAAUGUACUCAGCUGUGAUGAACCGUGUACACGACAGGUGAAGUGGCAUUAACCUGACAAAGCAUAAAUGUUGGAAUCUAAAAUAAAAUAAGAAUUAUUUAUCUAGUAUUUGAUGAUUAAGUCACAUAUAUAUAUUGUGGUUAAUAGCAGGACAUUGAUUAGGAUGUAACAGGUCCUGUAUGUUUUCAAUGAUAAAUAGCAUGUGUCAGUAAGACCUUUAUAUCGUUUUUGCAUGACAGUUAAACAUGUAGUUACUUUAAUGUGAUUAUAAUGGUGGACUAACGGAAAUGGAUUCUGUAAAUAACGUCACAUCAUGUUCAGUGUUAAAGAGGCGCCAAACCUCAAACUGUACAUGAUGAGGCAGCUGAUGUUUAUGUUGCAAUAGUUUUUUUUGUAAUAUAUGGAAGCCCACUUCCACCAGGUCAAUAAUAAUAAUUUAAAAACAUCAAAAGGUUAUUAAAAAAGUGAUGUUCCGACAUCAAGAUUUUAAGCCAUAAAGGAGAAAGUGGAUUAAAACUUGUAAUAAUGAACAGAAAGUGUUCAUGGUAAGACACAAUCAUCAGGCUAAAUUCAGACUUUUAAAGUUACAGUGAUGAUAAAAGUCAUAUUUUGACAUAUUGAGUCAAAACUUUAAGAUAAAAAGUAAAAUGCAGACUCCAAAUUUUGAGAAAAUCAGUCAAUAUCUUGACUGAAGAAGUUGAAAUUAAAAAGAUAGUCAGCCAAACAUUUUACCUGGAUUUAGUAAAUAUUAUUUGGAUUUACUGAGUCAAACAUUUGAAUUAAUAUCUCAUAGUUCCUUACCUAAAUAAGAAAAUUGAAAUUUGUAUUUUUUAAAUACUUCUGUCUUUGUGAAUCUUAACUUUGGUUUACUGUGAAUAUUUUAUUAAUGUUUGUCUAAACAUUUACUCUAGUGAUUUUGUGGUGUAUCUGGGCUUCCGUAGUAUUAACUCCAUUUUGUUGUAGUCUUUCCUCGAUGUGUCGCUGUACUCCGGAGUUGUGUUUUUAUGUCAAUAAUGUGUCAAAACGUGAUUUUGCAUUUUAUUCUUGCAGUCCAAAAACACCUGUGACAUCCUGUAAAAUGUUGUAAAAUGUUAAUGAUAAUACAAAAACUGAGUUUUGGUUGCAGGUGUGGAAGCUGACUGAAGAAUUGUUAAGGAGCUGGUUGUUUUUGACACAAACUCUUCCUGAUGCUGCAUGCUAACGUCAGUCUGUACAAACUCUGUACUUAUCUAGCGUUCUUUUUUUUAUUAACACUUGGUAAUGGUUUGUACUGUACUGUACAUAGAAUAGUUCCAGAUUGAUUCUUAGUCGCUUCAAAGAAAGCUAUUUUUUCAUACAGCUGAUUAGACGGUAGUUCAGAGGUUCAGUCAAAUGUGCAAAAUAAUGUAGCAGUAGAUUUAGAGAAGGGGAUGGAUUGAUUAUUGGUUUACUGAUUAACCGCUGAUUCUUGAUUUCUAUUUAAAAAGUAUUAAUGCAGCUGAUUGAGAACACAUGAUGUAAAAGUUGUUUUGUUUUUUUUAGUCCAGAUCACUUCAAAGUCUGAUGCAAAAAUAUUAAAUAAUUUGUGUGCCUUAACCUCGCACAGGAACACACAGCAAAUCAAAGACAAAAGAGUUUUUAACGUUCACAGAUUUCUUUGCCCAUUUCUGACAUCGAAAUUUUAAUUCUUUUGUAUGCGAGAAGCAACAGACGCAAAAUGAUUGAACUUUCUGCAUGAUUUCGUCCUAAUAUUUGCAUGUAAAUUUGCACUUGGUGCGAAAAACUUUAAAAAACAUUUAACAAUACUGUCACAAAACCUCUCCUGAUGGAAAAUCCAUCUGUGACAGUAAAAUUUCGAAAUAAUCAAUGUGAAUAUUCAUUUAUUCAUCUUUCAGUCGAUCUGUGGAAUUCAAGAGCAACACAAACACAAGACUUUCUGCUGGUAUCGCACGAAUAUCUACCACUGAAAUUUGGAUUUGGGGUAUUUUUUUAAGACCACUAAUGGUUUCAGAACUUCCUGAAACUUUUCUUGAUGGAACUGUUAGGAGAAAUGUUUCCCCAACUUUGGAAAACGUUCCCAUGGUGUUCCAUCAAACCACAAAUGUCUGCGAGGCUCUUUGAAAUCACCAUCAAUUUGAUCCAUCUCUAUUUGUUUGCUUGUUCUCUCUUCUCUUUUUGAAGGAAAUUAAAAAUAAUAAAAUAAAAAGCAGAUUAUUUGGUUAAAUCUGAAUGCUGAUAUCAGAAACUUGUAUCAAUCCAUCCUUAGCGAUGUCUUUACAAAUGUUCGGUAGAUUAACAGUGUCUGGGAAAAUGUUAGCUAGCUUAGCGGUGUCCGGACAAACAUUAGCUAGCUGUAGACAGCUCAGUGUCGCAUGUUAGAUUUAGAUAAAUGUAGUAAAUUUGCAUGAAUCUAGAUGAGUAGUUAAAGACGCUGUAGCAGUUGUAGAGUUAGACAACGCUCACUGAAUUUGUCAUUGGUAGCAUGAGCGCUGUAAUCCAAUUCUUCCAAUAGUUACUUUAGACUGUUUUAUUACUAUUUUUGUAGUAAAAGGUUAAAAAGUCAGAUGUUUUGAAAUCUUUUUGUUGUCUGUCUUCUUUAGCAUCACUUUUAUCUCUAUGUCCAGUACAGAGAUAGUCUAGCUUAGUUUAAUUUAGCUUAGCUUAGCUUAGCUUAGCUUAACUUAGCACAAAGUGGGGGGAACAUGCUAGGUUAGCUACAAGUUUUUCCAACUGACAUGUUAUCUUGUCUCUGUGGGUAGCUGGUGUACAGCUAACAUAAUACUUACAGUGUCAGGUGCUUAUAACGUUGGCUUGUUUAGGUCAUGGUAGCUGUAAACUGUUAGCAUAUCCAAUUUAAUGCUAGCUAUUUCUGGUUAGCUGUUGUGUAGCCAAACAAAUUUUUAUAUUUGAUGUUUUUUGUUCAUAGCUAAGUGGAGUUACACCAAAAAAAAAUGUUUAACUUGGCUUAGCACAAAAAUAGAGGAAGUGGAAAACUGCCAGUCUAGCGAAAUAAAGGUCACAAGGUCGCAGUUUGUAGUCAUUGUGCUAAGCUAAGCUAACCACAGGCUGGACCUGUCUCUGUGCUCGGAGAUACAACUGAUAUAAGAACGAGAGGAUUUGACAAAAUGUCUGACUGUUUUUAGACUCUUCAGAUUACUGUUCUGCUUGAAUGUGUAGGCUAACGGCUGGUUGUCUCUUGGCUUUGAUGCUGCCGUCAGGUGUCAGGUGUGCUGUACGCACUUUGCUUUUAGUAGACGUCUAAACUUUUGAGUCAAAGUAAACCAGCAUGUAGUCACAUGGCUGCUGUUUGUUCUGCUCCUGUUUGAAAUGAUCUGUUCCUCUCUGUGUUUCUCCGUCUGAUUCUGUAAACGAUUGAACAUUUAAUUGUAUCAGUGAUGUUUCUGCACAACAUUAAUGUCUGAAUGAGUUUGUAUUUUGUUCAAAGGGCCUGUACAUUUUGUAAAUGACCUGACUAAUAAAAAGUAGUUUAUCCUUA